AUGUCUUCAAACGAUGCUGAAUGGAGCAAACACAAAAAAGAAGUCUCCUCCCUCUACCGCAAGAACCCACUGAACCGGGUGAUGAAACAUAUGAUCGCGAAGCAUGGAUUCCACAGAAAGGAAUCCGAGUACAAGAAGAAGCUCAAAGUUUGGGGGGUGAGGAAGAACGGUACGACCUCAGCAUGGGUGUUUGUGCAGCGAGAGGUUACCAAACGAAAGUUACAGGGGAACGAAGAUUACGAGGUGCUUAUGCAUGGGAAGAUCUACACGGCUAAGCAGGCAGAGAGGGAAAUGGCGAGACAUGUUACAUCUGCUACUAACUUUGCGUUGGAAGGGGAGAAUGACACCGCACUAGAGGGUGUGGAGGUUCCUACACCUCGACUGAUGCUGAGGUCGUUGGUCCCUACGAGGGAGGUCCGCACUGAUAACCUCCCUUGGAUAUUAUUCAAGUAUCAAAGUCAGUUUGCGGUAGUGCGAUCAUUCAGCACACCAGCCGCAAAUGUUGACAUGCUCAACUUACCAUUUAAUCGGCAAUCAUAUAGCCAAACAGGCCCUUUGGCUCUCAUCCUUAGGGGUAUGGGAGGCGCUUGUGAGGUUUCAUCCGUUAACCAAACGAACGUCUUCGAUCUUUUCCUGCAGGACUGGGUUCUUCAGAAAUCCCCGAUUGACUCGUCAAUUGGCAAUACUUGGUUUAAUCUUCCCACUGGUUUUAGUCAUGAUCCACCCAGCAUCUUCUAUCCAAUACUACAGGACGGCUAUCAAGAUAACCGAUUUUCUGGAUCACGGUUCGAUCGUUCAAGAUUAUCAGCCCCUCAACCUGUGGGGGCCCACUCUGCACUAACAGUCAUUCAAAAAUUAUCUAUACAACGGCAUAUUAACACAGAGAAUCAGCAAAUUGAUCUCCACCAGUUGACUGGGUUCCUGAAACAGUACGAAGUCAAAAAUAAUGGGAUCGAGUCGAGUCUUCUCUCUCGCGACCUCGGCGGACUUGAUAAUCCCUCACACCUGAGGCAAGUAUUCAACACGUUCGUAUUCCUUAUCACGAAUGACCUCAUGAAUAUGGACGACAUCACACGUGUCUUUUAAUGGAGUGGGGCAAAUAAAUACAACUGGGUUUUCAAAGAGGUCUUCAAGUUGCAAUACCCAACAGUUAACAUCCUUACGAUCAAACUAAUCCCAGCAGCCGUACAGGCAGGGAACGUGGAGCUUGUUUCAAUGCUCCUAUUGCGAGGUGUCGAUGUCAACGUUUCGUAGUCACGCAUGCCCUCUGUUGGAUGGUCAAAUUUUCUAUCGAUGGCCUGUGCAUAUGCCAUUCAGUAUGCAACUUUAAAUGAGAACAAUGAGCUCAUGUCACUGCUACUUGAUUCUGGAGCCGAUCAGGAAUCGAAAAUCAGCCCCGACCUCG